AUGGAACUCCAAUGUGGGAAGAUUUCAUGGCAAAAGCUACAAAACUUCAUACGUGUCUUCGGUGCUACUAAAGAAAUUGGAACUGCUUUGACCAGAAUGUGUCUUCGUCAUAGGGCUGUUGAAGCUAGAAUGAAAACAUUUUCAAGCGCAAUAAUGGACUGUUUGGUGGUUCCGCUUCAAGAGAAACUAGAAGAUUGGAAGAAGACUAUUGUCAAUCUGGACAAAGAGCACGCUAAAGAAUAUAAAAAAGCCAGAGCUGAGUUAAAAAAGCGGUCUACGGAUACACUGCGCUUACAAAAAAAAGCACGUAAAGGUGCUAAAAUGAAUGAACUGCACAAAGCCUUGCAAGACGUUUCUGACAGAAAAGCUGUAUUGGAAGAAACAGAAAAAAGAGCAGUUCGUGAAGCAUUAAUCGAAGAACGAAGUCGUUAUUGUAUUUUUGUAACAAUUUUGAAACCAGUCCUCGAAGAAGAAGUGGCCAUGCUUAUGGAAUUAUCUCAUUUACAAGAAGUUAUGGAUAAAUUAGAAGCACAUACCACUGAACCGUACUCAUUACCUCCAGCUAGUGAACAGGUGUUGGUUGACUAUAAAGGUAGUGAAAUGUCAUGGACACACCAAACACCCCCAAGUAGUCCCAGUUCGUUGGGUUCACGUAAAUCUAGUAUGUGUUCCAUCAAUUCAAUAAACAGCUGGUCUAGCGGCAGUACACAUUCACCGAGCCAUCAAUACUGGAGCCGCUCAUUGCUUCAGCCAGUAUCCAAUGAGCUACGUUACAAAGGACCUUUACCUCCUAGUAGAUUAUGCAGUGCUUCAUCUCGUGAUUCGGGAUUUACAUCCCAAGACGCAAUUUAUACAAAACAACAAUCAUACUCAAAGGCUCCUAACUCAUCUGAUUCCAAUAGUAGCAGUGCUGGAAGCAGUACACCAUCUACACCAUUUGCUAGUUCUGAAGGCGGAUGUGGCACAUGGCCCAAUGCUCAGGAAACAUUGCAAUUUGAACGUGCUGCUUCAGCCAUUAUGAAUGAUGCAAGACCACACACAAUUUCAGGUGCUGCCCACCAUCAACGGCCAGCCCUUAGCGCGUACACAUUUCAACCUGAUUCUUCUUCUAUUGAUAAAACCCCUGUUGUCUCACCACAAGACGAUUACGCUCAUGUCCCCGAUGUCCCGUCCAGAGAUAUGCACAAAAGUUAUAAUCCAACCUCACUAAAAACAAUUGAAUAUAUUCAACCAACAUAUGUCAAUAUGCAUGAACUAGCUAGUAUGGCUGCCAACAAAGCUCAAGAAAGAAAUGCACAGCAUAAUGAGCCUUCUUCAAUUGUAAAUUUGAAAAGCGAUGGAGAUCGAAAGGAGAGCACUAGUGAGAGUUCCCUGGAGUCUUCAAGCGGCUAUAGUAGUCAAACAGCAAUAUCAAAUGCCACUCCUGAUGAAGAAGUGGAAAAUUCACUUCUGAAAUAUUGUACAUUGGAUAGUCGAAAUAUUAGUGCCAUCAAAGAACGUGUAAGGCCUGUAUCUACGUUGGGUUAUUCCAGUCUUAGAAGCGGUACACUGUGCCGUCGGUCUUCAAUACAAAGCAACAAGCCACCUCCACCUAUACGCCGUACACCGUCCAUUUUAAACAAUUCAGUACAAAAUCUACCUCCUCCACCGCCAUUUUUACUAGAUAUUACUGCAGAACAACGUCAGCAAAGUCGUUCACAAACAUCUUUAACAUCAGAAAAAGUAUAUUCUGAACCCAUGACACAUCAACGUAAAUCGUCUGGUGGAAAUGUGGCCGAAACUGUACGUAAUCUAACGCAACUCAAUCAUACACCUGCAAGUCCCAUUUUAUUGCGCCGCACGCCAAGUAAUCGAUCAACAAGUGCUGAUCGCUGUAAUAGCCGUUCAUCUGAGCCAGUUACUGGGUUUAUGGCAGCUUUAGGCUCUAGACUGUUACAGCAGCAACCUAAAACAACAGGUGGGUCUCCUAAGUUAAGCAGACGUUGGAUUGCUCCUGCCAGACACUCUGUUGUGGAUCCAGCCACAUGUCAUGAUUCACUGAUGGAACAAAUAAGGAAAGGUAUGGUGUUAAGAAAGUCUAUUGCUGUCAAUGACAGGUCAGCACCUAAAACUAAUUAA